UUAAAAGGAUCGGUCAGUGUUAGAGACGCGCUAGUAGCAAAUAAAUCUGUUCGUAGAAGUUUUCAGUGACUCAGACUCUGGACUCACAGCGGGAAUAAUGAUGUUCUGCAGAGUGGCUUGGCAAAGACUUGCGCCUCUGGCACGCAAAACACUCACUCCUUUCAGCAAUGCUGUGAUCCCUAUGCGACAGAUGUCCUUUGGUCUUCCUGUGUCCGGCACAAACAUAGCCUACAUGGUACUUGGUGGAAGCUCGCUUACUGCUGCUCUUGUUUAUGCUUAUAAGACCAUAAACUCUGACAGUGCAAGAUAUAAUGAAAGAAUUGCUCAACUUGAGGCCAGACCUAAAAGUGAGGAGGGAGCAGCGACCGAGGUGGCUUCAGUAGCAGAAGCAGCUGAACUUGCUACAGUUGUUGAGGCCACAGCAGCACAGCCCAUCAUUGAGGUGAUUAAAGCAGAGGAUGAGCAGACCCCAGACCCUGUGGAUGCAACACUGGAUGUUGGGGCAGCAGCCACCAAUGUCGAGGCAGUAGCAGCUGAUGCUGAGGAACCUACUGCACCUGUUGUUGAGGAUGUUGCUGCUGAAGCUGCUUCUCCCAGUGCUGAGACAACCGGUGAGGCGUCUUCUGCUGAAGAAGCAGUCUGAAUCCCCAGCAGAGUAGAUAUGUGAUUCUUCCCAACCCACCUUGGAACGCUUCAUUGACUUUCAUACUCCAAUUUUUGUACUCCUUUUAACUGAUUGACUGUGUCCUCUGCACAAAAAAGAUAUGUCCCUUCUGAUUUCCACAGGAUGCUAAUCCCACAGAUGAGGAGGAGGAGAGGUUGAGGAAGUCCAAAAAUCAUUGGGAACGCUUUUAAAUUCCAAACAGCGGUUUUAUCAACCCAUGCUGUGUUUUGAUGCUUCAGUAGCUAAUGUAAAUCGCAUAUGUUUUUUUAAACAUCUCCUCCUUCACAUCCAGUGGAUAUGCCUGCUGUAAAACUUGUUGCUGUGUCCUUGCUGUAUAACAUUGUGUCCCAUACAUGUGCAGGGAGACAUGUUUCUUAAAUAGCUUCAUUUUGACAGUGACUUUUUACAAUAACUGUAAUUUUAACUGGAAAAAGAAAGCUCAUCAAGACAAAUUUUUAAUGAUAGUUUGACAAAACCUUGUUGUCUUAACAAAGUUUCAUUUCAGCCUUAUAGACAGACAGAGAAACAAAGAUCUGUUUGAAAUGUCACCUAACCAUCUCUAGCCGCUUUAGGUAAAUAACUAGAAGAAUAACAAAUUGCAAUAAAUAGUAAAAAACUAAAAUAAAUGAAUACUCAUGAAAUAAAGGACUGUUUUGCACAGCAAAAAAAAAAAAAAAACCUCAAAAAGUCUGAUUCCGGAAGCGUUGCGCAUUUGAUUAAAAACUAAGUGGACAGACAUGAAUACUUCAUUUAUAUAUAUUUAUUCUUAUACGGUAGAAGAACACUUGAUUGACUUUAGGGUGGCCAAGAAUUUUGCCCAAUCAUGACACAAUAAUAUGUGUCCUAAAUGUUUUUGGAGGCUGCACAUGCAUUAAAAAUCACUGUGGCCUAAUUAACAAUGUUUUUGUACCUGUGAAUGUUCUCUCUCAGUUACUGGGAUGGAGGAAAUCCACUGUGCCUUUUACUUUAUUAUUAUUAUUAUUAUUAUUAUCUUAAAUAUCUCUUAAUAGAGUUGGG